UGGAGCGGCGCGAGGAUGGCGGCGACCGGUGCGGGAACAGCGGGGGGAGCGGGGUCCGGCGGGGCCGGGACUGGAACCGGCGGGGCGGCGGGAGCCGCGGGUGCCGCGGUAGGCAGGAAGAAGGACGGCGGACCGGCGGGGAAGUUCUGGGAGAGCGGGGAGACCGUGGCGCAGCUGGAGGCUGUGCGGCAGUGGAUCAGCAAGCACUACAAGAAGCAUGUCCAGGCCGACUCUCCAUCCUGUAAGACUCUGGCAGGGCUGGUGGUGCAGCUGCUCCAGUUCCAGGAGGACGCUUUUGGACGAAGAGUGAGCAACCCGGCCCUCACCAAACUGCCCGCGAAGAGCUUCUUGGACUUCAAACCCGCUGGAGCACUGUGUCACAUUCUGGGUUCAGCCUACAAGUUUAAGAGCGAGCAGGGCUGGCGAAGGUUCGAUCUGCAGAACCCGUCCAGGAUGGACCGAAACGUGGAGAUGUUCAUGAACAUUGAGAAAACUCUUGCUCAGAACAACUGCCUGACCCGACCGGUGGUGUACAUCGCCUCCGACGUGGACCAGAAGCAGGCCAGCAAACUGAAGGACAUCAUCAAGAGACACCAGGGCUCCAUCACUGACGAUAAGUCCAAAGCCACUCAUCACAUCUGUCCCUCCCCCUCUCAGCCUGAAGACGAGGAGUGGCUGCGUCCGGUUAUGAGGAAAGAUAAACAGGUGCUGGUUCACUGGGGCAGUUACCCCGACAGUUAUGAUACCUGGGUGCCCGUCAGUGACGUGGACGCAGAGAUUGAAGAUCCACCGAACUCCGAGAAACCAUGGAGGGUGCAUGCUAAGUGGGUGUUGGACACGGACGCGUUUAACGAGUGGAUGAACGAGGAAGAUUACGAGGUGGACGAGAACAGGAAGCUGGUGAGCUUCCGGCAGAGAAUCUUCCCCCGAGAGGAGGAGUCUUCCCGUACGCCCGACCGCAAGGAGCGAAAGUCCCUCGCCGGAGGAAAGAAGAGGCGGCGCUCCCCGUCCCCGCCCACCACCCCCGCCGAGUCCCGCAAGAAGGGUGGAAAGAAAGGAAACCCGGGGCCGCACUGGAAACGCCGAGGUCACCGUGACGACGACGAGCAGGACGAGGAUCUCACCAAGGACAUGGAGGAUCCAUCACCUGUUCCAGGAAUGGAGGAGGUUUCGCUUCCCAAAAACGUGAAUCAGAAGAAAGACAGUGAGAAUGCGCCGGUGAAGGGAGGGACCGUGGCUGAUCUGGAUGAACAGGAAAACGGCUCAGUAGCGUCUGGUGGCAAAGAUGAUGAAGAUCAGGCUAAAGCGGAGGUGAACCGUCUGAUCGACUCUGGAGAAGAUAACGUUACAGAACAAACCCAUCACAUCAUCAUCCCCAGCUACUCCGCCUGGUUCGACUACAACUCGAUCCAUGAAAUCGAAAGACGAGCUUUACCGGAGUUCUUCAACGGCAAGAACAAAUCAAAGUCUCCCGAGAUAUAUCUGGCGUAUCGUAACUUUAUGAUCGAUACGUACCGGCUGAACCCUCAGGAAUACCUCACGUCCACCUCCUGCAGACGCAAUCUGACUGGAGACGUUUGCGCUGUGAUGAGGGUCCACGCGUUUCUGGAGCAGUGGGGACUCAUUAAUUACCAGGUAGAUGCCGAGAGCAGACCACUGCCCAUGGGACCCCCGCCUACACCCCAUUUCAACGUCCUGGCCGACACGCCCUCGGGCCUUGUUCCGCUUCACCAUCGCCCUCCGCAGGUUCCUCCUGCUCAGCAGAUGCUGAACUUCCCAGAAAAAGGCAAAGACAAGCCCACAGACCUGCAGAACUUUGGUCUGCGGACGGACAUGUACUCAAAGAAGAGCACCAAAGGUAAAGGAAGCGGCACCAGAGAGUGGACUGAGCAAGAGACUCUACUGCUGUUAGAGGCUCUGGAGAUGUAUAAGGACGACUGGAACAAGGUGUCGGAGCACGUGGGCAGCAGGACGCAGGACGAGUGUAUCCUGCACUUCCUGCGGCUGCCCAUCGAGGACCCGUACCUGGAGAGUUCGGAGGCCACGCUCGGACCCCUGGCCUACCAGCCCGUCCCCUUCAGCCAAUCAGGAAACCCCGUCAUGAGCACCGUGGCCUUCCUCGCCUCCGUGGUGGAUCCCAGAGUCGCUGCUGCCGCCGCCAAGGCUGCCCUGGAGGAGUUUUCUCGGGUACGUGAGGAGGUUCCAGCGGAGCUGGUUGAAGCUCAUGUGAAGAAGGUGCAGGAGGCGGCGAGGAACACCGGGAAGGUGGAUCCAGCCUUCGGCCUGGAGAGCAGCGGCAUCGCCGGCACUGCGCCGGAGGAGCCGGAGAAAACGGAAACAGCAGAGCCAGAAAAGAUGGACACGGACUCAGAACCUCCACAGACAGACAAGGCGGAGUCGAAGGAUGAAGCCGAGAAGCCUAACGAUUCUGCGGAGAAACCGGCGGAGGGAGAGAAGGUGAAGAGCGAACCGACGGAUAAACCCGAGCGUGAGGAAGAGGAGGGUGAAGGAGAGACGAAGGAGGCGGCGUCUGAUGCUGAGAAGGAAAAGGAGGAGGCGAUGGAGGUGGCAGCGGAGGAGGGUAAGGAACCCGCAGAGACUCAGGAAGAGGGCAGCAAGAAACUGGAGCUGGACGUGGGCGAGGGGAACAUCGCCACCGCUGCAGCCGCUGCGCUCGCCUCCGCCGCAACUAAAGCUAAGCACUUGGCCGCUGUGGAGGAGAGGAAGAUCAAGUCUCUGGUGGCUCUACUGGUGGAAACUCAGAUGAAGAAGCUAGAGAUUAAACUCCGUCACUUCGAGGAGCUGGAGACGAUAAUGGACCGAGAGAAAGAGGCGCUGGAGCUCCAGAGGCAGCAGCUGCUGACGGAGAGGCAGGCGUUCCACAUGGAGCAGCUGAAGUAUGCGGAGAUGAAAGCUCGCCAGCAGAUGGAGCAGCAGGCGGCGGCAGCGGCGGCGGCAGGUCAGCAGGGUGCCGGGGGUCACGCCCAACCACACGGACCCCCGGGCCACGGACCCCCACCACACGGACCACUGACCCACGGCCCACCUCCCGGCAUGCACCCCGGACACCCCGGGUACCCGCCGAUGCACCAUCCGCUGGGACCCCACCAUCCGUCACAGUCAGGACCAAUGGUUGGACCAGGUCAGCCCAUGCCAGGCCGGAUGAUGCCGGGGCCGAACGCUGGAGGACCCCCGCCGGGUGGGAUGCCUCCUUUGAUGGGGCCCAGGCACCCUGGAGCCCCCAAUGGCUUGUUUCCUGGUCCUCCACCACCUACUGCUGCUGCACAGCCUGAUGCCCUGCCACCGGCUCCAGCACCCUCACUCCCUGCCCCGCACCCGGCCGAGAACUAACACACACACACACACACACACACACACACACAGUUCUUUCAGAUGCCUCCUGUAUAUUCUGAUAUUUCUGAUAUUGACCUGCUCUUGUAACUUUCUACUGAUUUGGCUUUGAGCCCCGAAUCUUUCACACUGAAAACCAAUACACCUCACACACACGUGUACACACACACACACACACGUACACCAUAUACACAGCAGAUAAAACACACACACACACAAACACACACAGGUUGUCUGGACGUACAGGCAGACGUGCUGCUCUCCUGCACUUGCUGCCUUCACUCUGGCCGUGGGUUUUCCUGCUGGGCCUGGUUUAGAAAUGUUUCUCUCUGAAUCCUGACUGUGUUCCUGUGUCUCCCUGCUCUCUAAAAGCUCUGUCGGUGCUCGAGCAGGGAGAAUAUCGUAAAGUUAGUAGGGCUGCACGAUAUCAACCGAAUUAGGAGUGUCAUUUUUGCAUUUGCGAGCUCGAUACAGAAAAAAAGAUCAAAAAAGCACUGUGGAUGUGAUUGGUUGUCUUGGCCAAAAUAAAUAAUGUACCGAAUCUCUUAUUACAUCGUAAUAAAACAAUUGUGAGCAUUUAUACUUGUGCAUCAGUGUGCAGUCUGCAAUUACACCUCCAGAACAGUAGUUGGCGACAGACGCAAAGCCAACGGCGUUUAAUACUUUUUAUUGACCAACUGCAGUAGGAUAAAACACGUGUAGAAAUGUUUAGAAAUGAGUUUUUGCUUAUGUAAAGUCUGUCACUCUGCAAUUACACCACCAUAACAGAGCAAGCGCAAAGGUUGGAAUCUAAGGCUGAAUACUACAAUUUGCCGUCUAGCAUUAUUUUGUCCAAAAUGAUGAAAAUUUGACUUAAUUUUAUUGUAAACUAUGCAGAUUUUCUCUUAGAACACCUUAAGAUCUCGAGUGAACGAUGUUUGCAUUGCUUUAUAGUUACACCUCCACUACAGUAGUUGGCGACAAAAGCACAAAUGCGAAGGCGUAAAUACGUUUUGGCAAAAAUAAUGACAAAUAAUUUAAUUUCUCAACACUUCAUUGUGUAAAUAAAUGCAUACACUUUUUUUUUUUUUUUCAGAUUUUUUUUAAAGAUCGUUAGCGAGCGUUUAUACUUGCGCAAUUACACCUCCAGACCAGUAGUUGGCAACAAAGGCGCAAAGUUGAAGUCGUUUUACACAAAUUAAUGAAAAAAAAUGACUUUUUGAACACCUGAUUGCGUAAAUAAAUGCAAAAACUGAUUCUCUCGGCACAUUGUAAGAUUGUUAAUGAGCGUUGAUGCUCCAAAAUUAUGAAAAAUUGACUUAAUUCAAUUGCAAACUAUGCAGAUUUUCUCUUAAAAUGCUGUAAGAUCGCUAGUGAACGGUGUUUGCAUCGCUUUGCAGUUAUAUCUCCACUACAGUAGUUGGCGACAAAGGAACUAACCUGAAGGCUGGAAAUACAUUUUGGCCGAAAUAAUGACAAAUUAACUUUCUGAAGACCAGAUUGCUUAAAUAAAUGCCUUACUGAUUCUUUCAGCUCACUGUAAGAUCGUUAGUGAGCGUUUUUAUAUGCGCGACCACACCUCCAGAACAAUAGUUGGCGAUAAAGGUGCUAAUCUGAAGAAAUGAGUACGUUUUGUCCAAAAUAAUGAUGCAUUGACUUUCCAAACACUCUGUUGAGUAAAUAAAUGCACACACUGAUUCUUUUGGCUCACUGCAAGAUCAUUAGUAAGCGUUUAUGCUUACGCAAUUAUACCUCCACACCAGUAGUUGGCGACAAAGGCGCAAGCGUGGAUACAUUUUGGCCAAAAUGACAAAUUGACUCUCCGAACACCUGAUUUACGUAAAUAAAUGCAUACACUGAUUUUGUGGACAAUAAGAUCAUUAGUGAGCAUUUAUAGUAACGCAACAGCAUCUCCAAAACAGUAGUUGGCGAAAAAAGCGUAAACGAAGUUAGAAAUGCAAUUCUUAGUGGAUUUAUCUCACUUUCUGUGGUUUACUUUGGCGCAAGAUCACGUUUUCUCAAGUAUAUCCAUUAUUUUGGUCAAAAUAACGAAAAAUCUAAACAAAUUACAUCACAAUACACAACGUAAACUGAAUGGAAUGGGAUGCUAACGGUAUGUCGUGCAGCCCUACCAGCACCAUGCCAGGAUUUAGAAGCAGUAAUGCUAGUAAUGCUAAUAAUACACCUCUCUCUGUAUGUGUGGUUUUGGUGGUCAGUUGAUUGGUGGGUGGGUGAUUUGGUGGGCGGAGUCAGAGCUGCUUGCUGUUGGCUUUUCCCUGUAAUAAUGUGAGUGGACUCUGGUAUAUUUGUAUAUUGUGCUAAAUCUGUGUUAAGCUAAUCGCAUAGAGGUAGCGGCAAUUUUAUUAGCAGCCCUCUAAGCUUUCUGUUCGGAUUCACACUGUAGUAAAACAGCCAGUAAGCAGCUUUGGCUUCCUGCUAAUAACCCAUAAUCCGGAGUGUGUUUAGUGUGUAGUGUGUGUUUAGUGUGUGUAUGAUGUGUGUGUAUGAUGCAUAUAGAGCCAGUCUUCGCUGGCAGUCAGUUGGAGCUUCCUUUCUUUACCUGAACGUCUAAAGGCCGAUUUUAUGCUUUAGCUUCGAGUCAACGCAGAAGUUUAUGUUCGGUCAGUUUUGAGAAAAAUUGAGAUGAAAAAUUCACAUUUCACACAUUUUGACUUGGUUUUAAGCAAUAUAUAGCGCUUUUUUUUUGCUUCAGGUUGAUUAGCUUUAGCUACAGUAGCUAACAUAACACUAGAAACAUCUUGUUUACUCAAGCUAACGCACAUUCUAUUAAAUCUGCAAAGGUUUAGAGACCAACUUUGUUUAGAGUACACCUUUUGAGUCUUCUAGAAAUUAUGAAAAAUUAAGAUAAAUCGCAGUUCGUUUCUCUCAAGUUGAUUAGCUUUAGCUACAGUAGCUAACAUAACACUAGAAACAUCUUGUGUACUGCAGCUACCACACAUUCUAUCAGCUCUGCAAUGGUUUAGAGACUAACUUGAGAACUUUUGAAGCUUCCAGACACAUGGUUCUUAAAUAAACCACUGUUUAUUUGGUUAGCUUUAGCGAAUAUAGCUAGCCAAUGCACUGUAAAACUGUGUUUAUGGCCUUCACACCAGAUGCAAACAUAUAUUUUAACACAAUUCUUAAGUAGUAUUUGCAGAUUUGAAGCUUGAGUACAGUAAAAUAGUGCAAUGAAAUUAACACCACUGCAUUUGAUGCACUGUAACUCAGUUAUCGUUAGCUUUAGCUACUACAGCUAAAACAUACAUUUAGGCUGAUUUUAAAGUUAAAAACAAGCCGAAAAUGAGUGAACGCAAUGGAAACACAGCUAUAUGUAGCUGUAUUCUGCACUGCAACCACCAGUAAUUACAUUUUUUUGGAAUGCUAGUCAAGAAAUUUCGUAGGCUAAAGCGUAGGUUUGACGCGAAAGCAUAAAAAAAAGCCUUAAGAAUCUACCUCUGCUGAAUAUAGUCUUCUGGACCUGGUGUGUGUGUGAGAGUGUUUUGAGCGUAUGUGUGUGUGUUUUCAUAGCUUUAUAGCCCAGCAGCCUGUCUAGGAGUGUGUUUUAUGGAGCUCCGCAUGGUCACCUGCUCUUUAGCCUUUAGCGCUCAAGCUAAAGUAGAAAUCGAUGAGGUCUCGAGAACAGAUAUAACUCUUACACACACGAGAGAGCAUACAUUUCAGCACCCUGUACUCGUCUGAGGAACAAUACAGUACAUAAAAACAGAUUUUAGGACUUGAAGCUAACAGCACAGUGCUAAAAUUAGCCUGCGCAUCUUGUUUUAGCAAUUAUUCCUGCAUUAAGUACUCUUGGUUAGCUUUAGCUUAACCUAUUUAACACCUGAAUCGAUGUUCUAGAAGCUCGUAGUACAGUAAACAUCUCUAAAACCCAAGUUUAAUUCAGAAAUGCAUUCAGAAGUACUUGUGUUUUUAGCAUUGUGCAGUAAUGGUAGUGAUCGUGCACGUAGCUAGCGAGCGCUAGCUUGCGCUAACUUGCGAUAACUGCUAUAGCUAGCAGAUCUAGCUUCUAGUUUUGUAUCUGCUGCCGUGGCGUAAACGUGAUCGAAAAGUUGAACUGUUAGCGCGCUAAUUUAUAUGUUUAGCCACAUUAGCUAGCACAUGCGCUAAUUUUAGUAUGUGUUUCAAGAAGUGCCCAUUCACUUGGUUAGCUUUAGAUCCUGUAAACAUCUGCAGAUCUGACAUAUAUAGAGCGUUGCGAUGGACUUUGCGUCUAAGGAUGUGCCCACACCCACGUUUAUGCAGUUAGCGUUAGCUGCUCUAGCUAGCUCAUUCACUAAGUGCAGUUUUAGAGAAGUGCCCGUUCACUUUGUUAGCUUAGCCGAUGUAGACUGUUUUCAUAUUUACACCACAGCUAAAAUACAGUUACACAUAUUUUAACUGUUAAAUACAACCAUCUUCAAUGCUAAUUUACUCAGUUGACGUUAGCUUUACUUUUAGCCGUUUAAGCUAGCAGUUGUGAAGAAACAUCUGAGGUAAAUCCACACAUUUAGACUGAUUUAAAAGUUCAAAUCAAAGCCAAAAUGUGAACGUACUUUGCGCUGUCUGCAAUUGCAGUUGGUUAGCAUUAGCUACUUUUGCUAAUAUAAGAACUAGAAACACCUCAUAUUAACGAGUCUGCUGUGAUUUAAACAUGCUCUGUACAUUUUGAGGCCAUCUAAUAUGUAGACACACAAAUACACACUGAACUAGACUGUUAAAACUACUGCUAAAUCUCUGUUAGCUUUAGCUGCUAAGGCUAACGCUGAGGUAAAAAUGUGUUUAGGUUGAUUUGAAGUUGAGAAUGUGGCUGAAGUGAUUUUGGUUGAUGUUGGUUAGCUUUAGCUACUGGAUCUAAUUUAAGAACUAGCACCACAGGGCUAAUUUACUCGGUUAGCUUUAGCUGCUGCGGCACUAGCAAUGUUUUUGAAACGUCUGAGGGAAAAACCUGUAUUUCGACUGAUUUGAAGUUGAGAACAGGGCUGAAAUGUGAACAUACUUCCAGUAUAGCUAGAUUUUCGGUUAGCUGCUGUAGCUAACGUAAGAACUAGCACCCCCACACUGCUAAAUUACUGUUAGCUUUAGCUGCAGCAGCUCUAGCAACAUUUCUUAAAAAACUUCUGAGGUAAAAACGUGUAUUUCGACUGAAUUUGAAGUUGAGAACGGUGCUGAAAUGUGAACAUACAUACUUUACGUAGCUUUACUGCUAGCUUUGUUUUUGGUUGAAGUUGGUUAGCUUAAGCUGCUGUAGCCAAAAUACAAAAUACUAACAUGGAAACUUCUGAGGUAAAAACGCACAUUUCGACUGAUUUGAAGUUUAGAACGAAGCUGAAAUGUGAACAUACUGCACACGUAUAGCUAUUUUUUCGGUUUGCUGCUUUAGCUAACAUAAGAACUAGCGCACCCACACUGCAAAUUUACUUGAUUAGCAUUAGCUGCUGUGGCUUUAGCAACAUUUCUUGAAACUUCUGAGGUAAAAACCUGUAUUUUGACUGAUGUGAGGUUUAGAACAAAGCUGAAAUAUGAACAUGAAAUAUGAAAUAUGAACUGCACACGUAUAUAUCUAGCUUUUUGGUUUGCCGCUGUAGCUAACACAGGAACUAGCACUUACAUUGCUAAUUAACUCUGUUAGCUUUAGCUGCAGCAGUUCUAGCAACAUUUCUUGAAACUUCUGAGGUAAAAACAUGUAUUUUCAGUGUCGUGACAUUGAGAACGGGGCUGACGUGAACAUACUGCACACAUGUAUCUAGCUUUUUUGUUGCUGCUGUAGCUAACGUAAGAACUAGCACCUACACUUCUAAUUUACUUGAUUAGCCUUAGCUGUUGCGGCUAAGGUAAAACUUCUGAGGUAAAACGUGUUUUUCGACUGAUUUUGAAGUUGAGAACGGAGGUGAAAUGUUGAACAUACUUCAUGUAGCUUUACUGCUAGCGUUGUUUAGUUUUUGGUUGAAGUUGGUUGGUUAGCUUUAGCUUGUGCAGCUAGCACACACAUUAGCGAGCCUGCUGUGGUUUCAGAACACACACUCUACACUUAAUAAGCCAUGUACCAUGCAGAAUACACACAAACACACACACUGUACACAGAAAAACACACACUGCACACAUGACUGUGUUAGUAAAGUGCCCGUUCACCUGGUUAGCAUUAGCGUUAGCUGCUGUAGCUAGCAGAUGCACUGGAGAUUCUACUGUUAUGACGCUACGCCCGUCGCUCUGUGUGAAGCGGAGGAACCGGGGGGCUAAUCGUCGCUUUAUUAGCGGUAGCUGCUGCUGCUGCUUAGUUUUCCUCUUAGGUGCUUUAAUAUACUGUAGCUGCCCUGCCUCACUCUACCUCUCUUUCUCUCUCUCUCUUUACUACCUCUCUCGCUCUUUUUAUCCCUCUUUCUUUUUCUCUUUGCCCAUAAGACUGCUGCAUUACUGCUGUGUGGAGGAGUUUCAUCCUCCUCCUGUUUUUUCCUCAGGUGAUCCGCGCCCUCAGAACCAACACGACCCUCUCUACACUACAUACACAACACACACACACACGAUUAUACACACAUUAAAAAACACACACAUUAACACACACUCGUGUACAUCUUCCAAAAAAACGUACGAUAAAAAAAAAACAAAUUCUGGGCGAUAUCUUUCAUUAAACAGGAGCUUAACCCCUUAAAUCCCUUUUCCUCUUCCACAUAUAUCCUCCCCUUAUUGCUUCGUUAUUUUAAGGUUAUGAUGAUGUAUUUUUAAGAAAAAUAAAGUUUUUGUGUAGAAUCGGAUAUCACUGUUCUUUGGACGUUUGUAGCUUUUUCUUUCUUUUUCUUUUUUUUAUUAAAUAAAGUUUUAACUGGCACGUUACCGGUACUGAGAAA